AUGACAGUAACUCUCAGUCGGAGAGAGACGUGGAGUCUCAUCGCACUAUCGAUAGGGUGCUCAGCCAUAUUGGUGAAAAAUGCGCUUCAAGAUGGGGAACCUCUGGUGGCUUCACUGGCAUUAUCUGGCAUCGCAUUUGCUGCGAGCUUUAGUCUCAUUCGAUGGCUAGGAAACGUAUUCAUAAAAGCUGGGCUGAAAGGAAAGGACAUGUCCAAGCUUAAGAAGAUAGAGAUACCCGAGACGAUGGGCGCAGUUGUUGCAGUUGUUUACAUUCUUACUCUUAUCGUAUUCAUUCCAUUUCCAUUUUACAAAGAACUUGUAGCGGCCACAUCUGGUGGAGGAAACCGUGAUAUACCCUUGCCCGUUCAUCAUGUGGAAACAGGCCGCUUUCUUCACAAAUUUCCUCAUAACAAGCUUGCAACAUAUCUUUCUGGAUUACUCUCGCUGCAGUCAAUAGUGAUACUGGGGAUUGGCGACGAUCUGUUGGACAUACGGUGGCGGCACAAGUUUUUCAUUCCAGCCUUUGCUGCAGUGCCGAUGCUAAUCGUCUACUUUGUCGAUUUCGGAGUGACACAUGUCAUAGUACCAGUCGCCCUUCAAGCUUACUUGGGGCCCUCUCUGGACCUGGGUUGGUUGUACUAUGUCUAUAUGGCCGCAGUGGCCAUCUUCUGCCCUAAUAGUAUCAACAUGUUGGCUGGAAUCAACGGGAUUGAGGUUUCGCAGUCAAUAGCCAUAGCUUGCCUGUUGAUAACCAAUGAUGCAUUGUUUCUGUCGCCAUUCACUCCAUACCCACACCCAGCCACGGAUUCUCAUCUAUUCUCAAUAUAUCUACUGCUACCAUUCAUUGCUGUUUCACUAGCCUUAUGGUGGCACAACUGGUAUCCCUCUAAGGUGUUUGUCGGGGAUACAUACUGUUACUUCGCUGGCAUGGUCUUUGCCGUUGUUGGAAUAUUGGGCCACUUCAGCAAAACUCUGUUGCUGCUGUUUGUUCCCCAAAUCUUCAACUUCUUGUACUCUACACCACAACUAUUUCACUUAAUACCUUGCCCGCGGCACCGAUUGCCAAAGUUUAACCCGCGAACUGGACUCAUGGAACCAUCCGUUACCGAGUGGACACGUCCUCCUCACUCCAUCAUCGCAAUGGGCCUGGAUUUGCUGGACAAACUCUACCUCAUGCGGGUGAGAAGAAACGAGGAAGGCAGGAUUAUCGAGACAACAAACUUGACUUUACUUAACCUCUGGUUACUCUGGUUUGGACCACUGCGCGAGGAUAAGCUGGCGAUGCAUAUAGUCGGUCUCCAGCUUCUGUGCGGCGUGGCUGCGUUGCUCGUCCGCCACAAGCUCGCCUUGUUAGUGUUUAAAGAGGAUAACCGCGGGCCCGGAUUUGCAUAUGGCUUUGUAUAAACAUCGUUAUCUUAUUAGAGAGAAUCUGUAUUACUAUGUAUACGCGGAGAAACUGCGGAGUUAACAGGAGAAUAUAAAAUAGCCGCGUUAGCCUUCCGAAAGCGGCGACCUCGGCCCGGUAAUUAGCGAUGACUAACAUCCGCCCCUUGGCAGAAUCUGACCAAUCGGAGUACACCAU